AUGGACUUCGCCGAGCUUGAGAGCAUCGAAGGCUUGCGAUGGUCAUGGAACUCGUGGCCGUCGUCCCCAUCGGCGGUGGCAGACCUGGUCAUCCCCCUCGCCGUCAUGUACACUCCUCUGAGCCCCCUCCCGGACAUCCCCCUGCUGCCCUACGAUCCCCUCCACUGCGUUGAUUGCCGCGCCGUCAUCAAUCCCUACGCCCGCGUUGAUUAUCGCUCGGCGGUCUGGGUCUGCCCGCUCUGCCAGCGGAAGAAUACCUUCCCUCGUUCCUACGCCGGCGUCGGGGAGAACAGCCUCCCCGCAGAGCUCUUCCCCACGUACAGUACCGUCGAGUACAACCUCUCUCGUCAAUCCUCGACGGGAGGGCCCCCCGCCAACCCCUACUCCAAUUCUAACCCUAAUUUCUUCAGCGGGUUCGGAUCGUCGCAAUCUUCCUCCGGCCGGUCCUUCUCAUCCUCGCUCUCGGUGUCGGACAAUCCUGGUCGAUCCGCGACGGCUGGAUUGGACGGGGGACCCGCGUUUGUGUUCGUGGUGGACACUUGCUCGCCGGAGGACGAGCUCGGGGCAAUGAAGAACGAAAUUAGCCACGUCCUGGCGCAGCUCCCGGAGAGUUCCCUGGUUGGGCUGGUCUCAUUUGGUUCCAUGGUCGCCGUACAUGAUCUGGCUUUCUCCGAUUGCUCCAGGGCGGUCAUACUGAGCGGGGAACGCGAUCUUCCCUCCGAUAAGGUAAUUCUCCUGUUCGAAUCUCUCUUCGUUACUGCGGGCUUGGUUGAAUCGCUCGCCAUUCAGUCUGGGCGGUAGCUUGAUGUGCAUGGAAUGUGACUGCUGCUCCAGAGCCUUGAGGACGAAGCGUCUCCAAUUUGGAUUGGAUUGUUCUUUGAAUGAUCGCUUGCUCCAUUAACUCAUCUUCCCCAUCUGAAUGGCUACUUCUUGUUUCCAGAUCCAGGAGCUUCUUGGCGUCUCCCAUCCCCGAAACAGCAGAUCCAGAACGUCCCAGUUGGUUCACGCUCAGCCAUUUGUUCAGAGAAUUUCUGACUGCGAGUUCAGAAUCACCACUGCCAUUGAAGAAAUUGCCUCUUCAUCUCUUGCCCUCCACGGCCAUCGCCCUCAAAGGGCCACUGGCGCCGCCAUUUCCACCUCGGUGGCUCUCUUAGAAGCUUGCUUAUCCCACAAUGGUGGCAGGAUCAUGGUCUUCACUUCAGGCCCCGCGACGGUCGGCCCUGGGAUGGUGGUAGAGACCGACCUCAGCCAAGCUAUCCGGACCCAUCGGGAUCUCAUAAAUGGCCAAGCUCCUCUCUUCAGUAAGGCCCGAAGCUUUUACAGGGAGGUAGCAGAGAGGUUGUCAGGCAGGUCCAUCAUCCUCGACCUCUUUGCCUGCUCCCUGGAUCAGGUCGGUGCAGCAGAGAUGAGAGCCCCUGUGGAGAGCUCUGGGGGUUUCAUGGUCCUGGCAGAAUCCUUCGAGUCUGAGCAGUUCAGGAGGUGCCUGAGACAUAUCUUCAGACGCGAGGAGAACGACCCCCUGAACAUGAAUUUCGACGCCACCAUCGAGAUAAUCACCACCAAGGAUAUCAAGAUCUCUGGUGCUCUCGGGCCUUGCACGACCCUGAAGAGGAAACACAGUUCGGUGAGUGGGGAGAAGAUUGGAGAAAGCAGCACUUGCAGCUGGAAGCUCUGCACCCUGACCAGCAAGACGUGCAUCGCCUUCUUCUUCCAGGUGGGCAGUGAUGAUCAGCUGGGCCCUGUGUUCUUCAUACAGUUCGUCACCCGCUACUGCCACGGUCUCGGCGGGGCUCGGCUGAGGGUGACCACUGUGGCCAGGAGGUGGGUCAGCUCUCAGUCCCCUGAAAUUGCUGCUGGGUUUGACCAAGAAGCUGCCGCUGCUGUGGUGGCAAGGCUUGCCGUCCAGCGGGCGGAGGAGUGCCACGCUCGAGACGUCAUCCGGUGGCUUGACGACAUGCUGAUCCGCUUCACCUCCAGGUUCGGGGACUACAUCCCCGAGGACCCAUCAUCGUUCCGGCUCUCCUCAGGCUUUUCUCUCUACCCGCAGUUCAUGUACUACCUGAGACGGUCACAGUUCAUCGACAUCUUCAACAGCAGUCCCGACGAGACCGCCUUCUUCCGGCUGAUGCUGAACAGGGAGAGGGUGGUCGAGUCUCUCAUCAUGAUCCAGCCCACCCUCUUCCAGUACUCCUUCGACGGGCCGCCAAUUCCGGUUCUCCUCGACAUAAGCUCGGUGUCUCCAGAUGUGAUCCUGCUCUUUGACUCCUACUUCUAUGUGGUGGUCCACUAUGGCUCGAAGAUCGCCCAGUGGAGGAAGCUCGGGCUCGACAAGGAGCCUGGCCAUGAGAGCCUGGGGAAGCUGCUGGAGGCCUCCGAGUCGGAUGCUGAGGCGCUGGCCGCUGAGAGGGUUCCAGUCCCCAAGCUCAUCAAGUGCGAACAGUAUGGCAGCCAGGCCAGGUUCCUUCUCGCCAAGCUGAACCCUUCGGCCACUCAGAAGACCAGAGCUGGUGAUGGGUCGGACAUCAUUUUCACCGAUGAUGUGAGCCUUCAGGUCUUCAUGGAGCAUCUGCAGGCCCUGGCUGUCCAAGGUUGA